AUGGAUAACAACGAAGUGAAGGAAGAGAUUUUUGAAACUUCUACUCCUCUGCCUUACUUUCCCCGAGAAGACACUGUCACUGUAAUCGAUCUCUGCAGCAGCGAUGAUUCCGACGUUGAGGAAAACGCCGAUCGAUUCGAGGAUUCAGGGAGCGCCUACCCGAACUAUAAUUCUGGAAAUCCCACCGGAGCGAAGAGAGCAAGAGAUUCUGCGUUUGGAGGUUCAUCGGAAGUGGACACGAAUCAUGCGAAGAAGCUAAAUGUGGAUGAGCUAGCAGUCGUAUUGCCCGAAGGAUCCGGCCAAUCGAUUCCGCCGGCUGAUGGGACCCACGCUAUUCCGGCGGAUCCAUGCAAUGUCUUCAGACCUACUCCGCCGCAGCCUCCGCCGUCCAGUAGGACUGGCAGUUGUAAGCAGUUCUGGAAAGCUGGAGACUAUGAAGGAGUAUCUGAUGGCAAUUGGGAUAUUACUUCAGGUGGCCUUGAUCACGUAAGAGUCCAUCCAAAGUUCUUGCAUUCUAACGCAACCAGUCACAAAUGGGCUCUUGGAGCUUUUGCAGAGCUUUUCGAUAAUGCUUUUGAUGAGGUUGCCAGUGGAGCUACUUAUGUUAACGUAGACAUGCUCGAAAACAAGAAAGCAGGAAACAGGAUGUUACUAAUUGAAGAUAAUGGUGGUGGGAUGGGUCCUGAUAAAAUGCGGCAGUGCAUGUCUCUCGGAUACUCUGCAAAAAGCAAGCUUGCAAACACCAUUGGGCAAUAUGGCAAUGGAUUUAAGACUAGUACAAUGAGACUUGGAGCUGAUGUCAUUGUAUUCUCGCGUUGCCCUGGGAAAGAUGGAAAGAGCUCUACGCAGAGUAUCGGGCUCCUAUCAUAUACAUUUCUGAGGAGCACAGGAAAGGAGGACAUUGUUGUACCCAUGCUUGACUACGAAAGAAGAGACUCUGAAUGGAGUAAAUUAGGCAGGUCUUCCCUUAGUGAUUGGGAUAAAAAUGUGAAAACAAUAGUUCAAUGGUCGCCAUUCUCUAGCGAAGAAGAUCUUCUUCGUCAGUUUGAUCUAAUAAACGAUCGUGGCACACGGAUAAUCAUAUAUAACCUGUGGGAGGAUGACCAAGGGAUGUUGGAACUUGAUUUUGACUCUGAUCCGCAUGAUAUCCAACUUAGAGGCGUGAAUCGGGAUGAGAAAAGCAUCAAAAUGGCUUCUCAAUUUCCUAAUUCUAGGCACUUCCUAACGUACAAACACUCACUAAGGAGUUAUGUAUCAAUUCUCUACCUAAGAAUUCCACCUGGGUUUCGUAUCAUACUGCGAGGAACAGAUGUUGAGCACCACAACGUAGUGAAUGACAUGAUGCAGACUGAGCAGAUCACAUAUCGACCUCAGUAUGGUGUCGACACAUAUUCGAAGGAUUCAGAUAUGUCUGCCGUUGUUGUUAUCGGAUUUGUGAAGGACGCAAAACAUCAUGUUGAUGUUCAAGGCUUUAAUGUCUACCACAAAAAUCGACUCAUCAAGCCAUUUUGGAGGAUAUGGAACGCAGCAGGUAGUGAUGGUCGUGGGGUCAUAGGUGUUCUUGAAGCUAAUUUUGUGGAGCCUGCUCAUGAUAAGCAAGGGUUUGAGCGUACAACAGUUCUCUCUAGACUCGAAUCACGGCUAGUUCAAAUGCAGAAGCUUUAUUGGACCACCAACUGUCACAAAAUUGGCUAUGCACCCAGGCGAUACAAGCCUGGAAGUGGAAGCGGUUAUGGUUACAAAGAAUCAUCACCAGACCCUGACGGAUCUGAUCCAUCAGGGAUGAAAACUCGAGCUUCUGACAAGUACUAUUCAAGCUCAUAUCCGAAUUAUAACGGGAGCAAUGCAGGAUCAGGGAAAGAUGGUUCACUGUCAUUGCAAGAGGAGCUGCGACGUGAGAAAGAGCGUAGCAAGGCACUCGAAGCUGAGGUUAUUUCAGCAAGGGAACUAAUAGAAGAGAUGACCAAAGAGAAAAAUAAUCUAAUUGAGCUAUUCGCAGAGGAAAGAGACAGACGUGAUGGAGAGGAAGAAUGUCUGAGAAAUAAGCUAGAGGAGGCGUCCAACACCAUCGAUGAGCUGUUGAAUAAGAUUAAAACGCUGGAGGGAUCUAAAGGCCCGAGCUGGAGACGUUAA